UCUGUUUGUUCCUUUAAUCAACAAAGUUAAGUUAGCAUAAAGUCAACACUUCAAGUUAAUAUUUAUAUUUCUACCAACGAGUCAAAAAUAGGAAGCAUUAAGUUGGAGUAUGUGCAAAAUAGGGUACAUUGAGAUACUUGUUCUUCUUCUGAGCAGUUCUUUAAUGCCAACAAGUCAUGGAAGAAUAGGAUACAAUAAUAAAAAGUGUAUAGUGAAUAGUACAGCACAUGUUGAGAAGUAUGACAGGGUAUUUGUGUUUGUUGGGAAGUACAAGGAAUUUAUUAAAAAACAACCAUGGCCAGAGACAUAUAUUGAGUUUCAUAAGUUGGCAGGAAGAACAAGGAAGGAAAGCACUAGAUUACUUCAAGAUCAGGUAUGGAAUAAAUGCAAGUCACUUGAUAACUGAUGAUCAGAUUUACAAUGGAACAGAUGUACCACUCGGAAAUUACACAUUCUCAACGACAUCUCCCUAUCAAGAAGAAAGUCCCUAUCGAUUGAUAAUUGAGUCAAAGGAAAAUAAGGCAAAGUAUUAUAAAAACCCACCAGAAAUAGGAGAAAUUGUGUAUGCAAUAGAAAUACACAAUGAACUUAACGAAGGAGGGACCUUUAACAAGACACUUUUUCCUGGAGAUUUUUUAGCGUAUGGAGAGUAUCUCAUUAAGACACCAAAGCGCUGUUCAAUGGAUGGUUUAACUGUAAUCCAUUUUGUCACUGAUCCUGUGAAAGUUCAUGGAGGGAGUGGGACUCUCACACACCCUGAGUAUGGAAAAGGUUCGUUACAAGUGUCAUUUGUUACAAAUGAUGAUGGACUUACUGAUGUAGCAAAUGUUCUUCGUUUUCCAGCCAACCAAAACUUGACAACAGCAACUCCCACCGAACAAAACAUGCUUUGAUAGAUAGUUCAAAAAGAAAUUUUUAAGAUGGCCACUAUUCACAAGCAUCAUAUAAAAAAGUAAAUUUUAAAUUGUUCAUGAGAGACCUAUUUAUUAUAAGAACUAAUGAUAUGAGCAUAUUUAUUGUUUUGUCAAG